AUUAAUUUAAAAUACGCCCCCCGCACUUCUUCCCCCGCAACCUCAUCUUCUUUCACUCUCAUCACUCAACACUUCCUCUCUCCUCUUUUGAUUUUCUUCGCGAACAUAAAAUCUUGAGGAAGAAAUAGUAAGAGAAAGAAGAAAGCUGAAGUUGUACAAAAUGCGGUUCCUCAUACUUCUUUUCCUCCUUCUCCACCUCCGCCCUUCCGCCGCCGCAAGACCGCCCCGGAUGUCGGAAUACCGCGCCUUACUCUCCAUUAAGGCCGCCAUCACCGACGACCCGCAAUCCGCACUCGCCUCGUGGAACCUCACCACCAACCAUUGCACGUGGAAGGGAAUCACGUGCGAUCCUUCCCGGCGGCACGUGACGUCACUUGACAUCUCCAACCUCAGUCUCACCGGUACGCUCUCUCCAGACGUGGGACAACUCCGGUUCCUUGUCAAUCUCUCCGUUGCCGCCAACUUCAUCUCUGGUCCUGUUCCUCCUCAAAUUUCCGACAUACCCAACCUCCGCUACCUCAAUCUUUCCAACAAUGUGUUUAACCUCAGCUUCCCCCCAGAGCUUUACCGCCUUAGGAACCUCCAAGUUCUUGACCUCUACAAUAAUAACAUGACCGGGGACUUCCCUUCGAAGGCUUAUUUGCUUGCCAAUCUGCGCCAUUUGCAUCUUGGCGGAAACUUCUUUUCAGGUGAAAUCCCGCCGGAGUUUGGUUCGUUUCCUUAUCUUGAAUACUUGGCUGUUUCGGGCAAUGAGCUCACUGGAGCCAUACCGCCGGAGAUCGGAAACUUGACUCAGCUUAAGGAGCUUUACAUUGGGUAUUACAAUGCAUUUACCGGGGGAAUGCCUAAGGAGAUUGGGAAUUUGUCGCAGUUGGUGCGGCUUGACGCCGCCAACUGCGGGCUAACCGGAGAGAUUCCCCCGGAGAUAGGAAAUCUGCAGAAUCUGGACACUCUUUUCCUCCAAGUGAACGGGCUUUCCGGCAGCUUGACACCAGAGCUUGGCAACUUGAAGAGCUUGAAAUCUAUGGAUCUGUCAAACAACAUGUUUUCCGGUGAAAUACCGCCCUCAUUUGCAGAGCUUAAAAAUAUGACCCUCUUAAAUCUUUUCCGGAACAAGCUUACCGGCUCGAUACCGGAUUUUAUUGGGGAGUUGCCGGAGCUGGAGGUUUUGCAGUUGUGGGAGAAUAAUUUCACUGGGAUCAUUCCACAGAGUUUGGGAACUAAUGGAAAUCUUCAAGAAGUAGAUGUUAGUUCAAACAAAUUGACCGGAAAUCUACCCCCAAAUCUCUGCAACGGCAAUCAGUUGCGCACAUUGAUUACUCUAGGGAACUUCUUGUUCGGCCCUAUUCCUGAGUCACUGGGACAGUGCAAGUCACUGACUCGGAUUCGAAUGGGGGAAAACUAUCUAAAUGGGUCCAUUCCGAAAGGGCUAUUAAGUUUGCCUAAGCUAACUCAAGUUGAGCUUCAAGAUAAUCUUUUGUCUGGUACUUUCCCGGAGACUGAUGGAUUAUCCACGAGUCUGGGGCAAAUUAGUCUUUCGGAUAAUCAUCUCACCGGGCCGCUGCCGCCAAGUAUUGGGAAUUUUGUUGGUGUUCAGAAGCUUUUGCUUGAUGGAAACAAGUUUUCCGGCAGGAUUCCAGCUGAAAUAGGGAAGUUGCAGCAGCUGUCAAAGAUGGAUUUCAGCCACAAUGAGCUCACGGGCCUCAUUGCACCGGAGAUAAGCCAGUGUAAGCUGCUGACGUUCGUUGAUCUUAGCCGGAAUCAGCUCUCUGGUGACAUUCCAACAGAGAUUACUGGUAUGAGGAUUUUGAACUACUUGAAUUUGUCAAGAAAUCAUUUGGUGGGUAGCAUUCCCUCUUCCAUUGCUAGCAUGCAGAGUUUAACUUCUGUUGAUUUUUCAUAUAACAAUUUGUCUGGUUUGGUUCCUGGGACUGGUCAAUUUAGUUAUUUCAAUUACACUUCGUUUCUGGGCAAUCCCAAUCUUUGUGGACCAUAUUUGGGGCCUUGCAAAGAGGGCAUUGCCAGUGGUGCUGGAAGGCCUCAUGAGAAGGGGACUUUCUCUCCUUCUAUGAAGCUUUUGCUUGUGAUUGGGUUGCUUGUUUGUUCGAUUGUGUUUGCGGUGGCUGCAAUUAUUAAAGCACGGUCAUUGAAGAAGGCGAGCGAGGCUCGUGCUUGGAAGCUUACUGCCUUCCAACGAUUGGAUUUUACUUGUGAUGAUGUCUUGGAUUGUCUUAAAGAGGACAAUAUUAUUGGUAAAGGAGGUGCUGGUAUUGUCUACAAGGGACUGAUGCCAAGUGGUGAACAGGUAGCUGUGAAAAGGUUGCCGGCAAUGAGUCGUGGCUCUUCCCAUGAUCAUGGGUUCAAUGCCGAGAUACAGACUCUGGGGAGGAUCCGGCACAGGCACAUUGUUAGGUUAUUGGGUUUCUGUUCCAAUCACGAAACAAAUCUUUUGGUCUAUGAAUACAUGCCUAAUGGGAGCUUGGGGGAAAUGCUUCACGGCAAGAAAGGAGGUCAUUUGCAUUGGGAUACAAGGUAUAAGAUAGCUGUGGAGGCUGCAAAGGGCCUCUGCUAUCUUCAUCAUGAUUGCUCACCAUUGAUUGUUCAUCGUGAUGUCAAAUCAAACAACAUCCUCCUAGAUUCUAAUUUUGAAGCCCAUGUAGCUGAUUUUGGACUGGCCAAGUUCUUGCAAGAUUCCGGCACAUCAGAGUGCAUGUCCGCCAUUGCUGGUUCUUAUGGAUACAUUGCUCCAGAAUAUGCCUACACACUCAAGGUGGAUGAGAAGAGCGAUGUAUACAGUUUCGGUGUGGUUCUCUUAGAACUUGUUACUGGCAGAAAGCCAGUUGGUGAGUUUGGCGAUGGGGUGGACAUAGUCCAAUGGGUUAGGAAAAUGACGGACGGGAACAAGGAAGGCGUUCUCAAGGUACUUGAUCCAAGACUCCCCACGGUCCCCCUCCAUGAAGUGAUGCACGUCUUCUACGUAGCAAUGCUUUGCGUAGAAGAACAGGCAGUCGAGCGUCCCACCAUGCGCGAAGUCAUCCAAAUACUAACCGAGCUUCCUAAGCCAACCGCUGCCAAACCGGGAGAUUCAACUAUUACCGACUCUAGCGUAGAUUCUCCUGCUACCGAAACAAAAACCCAUAAUCGCCAGGCAUCCCAAUCACCACCACCAGAUCUUCUCAGCAUCUGAAGGCAUCAAUGGUGUUUCUUGAAUUCGGAUAAGCUAAUUAGUCUGUUCUUCAUUUUCUUAUUGCCCUUUUUAUUUUUCUUGGUCCUGUAUUUCAUUAGGGGUUGGGUUAUUUAAUCUUGACUUCAACAUGUUGGUCAUUGGUUUCAAAGUUUGUGUACAGAAACAGUGAGGGGUAUUUUCUAAAAGUAGUAUAAAUUAUCUUGUUGAUGUC